AUGUUUGCCCGUAUUCUCUUAUUCACGGCCCUGCUUAUUAUGCCUCUGGCUUACUUCUUAUCUCAUCAGGCCUCAACACAACAUGCGCCCUACGUCCAAGGAAGAAACAAAACCGUGCUUUUCCUCACAAACAGCGAGCAUGGUUUAUCCAAUGUGCAUCUUGCAACGGCAUCAGCCAUCUUAGAGAAUUAUCCAGAUAUAGAAGUUCACUUUGCUUCAUUUCCGACUAUUGAGCAAAAGUUGGAACGAAUCACAUCAUUCGCCAAGAUUAAAUCCCCUCACGCGAAAACCAUUGUUUUUCACAAUCUCACAGGUCUGACAUUUGUGCAGGCAAUCGCCAGAGAAGGUCGAAGUUUCAUAUCCCCUCCCGGAUGGAGAGGUAUCGGUACUUUGGCCAAGCACAUACAGCUCUGGAUAUCACCAUGGACGUUUGAAGAUCAUGUGCACUUGUACAAAGAAAUUGGUGGCAUUAUCGAUGAGGUUGACCCGGCUAUCAUUGUGCUCGACAGUUGGUUCCGGCCAGCUAUAGAUGCCACGCGAAAGAGGAAUAGGCAGCAUGCCUUCGUCACACCGAAUACUCUUAUAGACCAUUUCUUGGGCAUUCAGCCGCUCUGGGCUAGAUUCUGGAAAUACCCUGCCCCAUCAUCAGGUUUUCCCUUCCCAGUCCUUUUACUCAAGCUGCCUGAGAACGUAUACAUGAAUGUUCGUUAUACCUACAGCGCAAUGUUUACUCCAGAUUCGUCAGCAAAGAAAGCUCAACUUCAAUCAAUUGGACUGGGAGAACCAAUGAAUUUAUUUGGAAUACACCGACCGGGCGUUCCAUGGAUCACUCAAAACACACAGGGCGCCAUGAUCCCAGUAGAGGUUCUUCCGCCCAACGUCACAUGUACUGGGCCAAUCAUUCUGUCAGGGCCACCAGCUGAUCGACAGGAUCCAGAAACUGCAACCUGGCUCAAGAAAGCUCCCACAGUGCUCAUUAAUCUCGGCAGUAAUCUUGCUUAUGACGAAGGUCGUGCUGAAGUCAUGGCGAUCGCCAUAGCAGCCUUAUUAUCAUCUACUGACUACCAGGUCUUGUGGAAAUUCAACAAGCUGGGAGACUUCUCUGAUGAUUUCUUGGUGCACUUGAAGCCCUACCUCGAUAACGAGCGACUAAGAAUGCCAAGUUGGCUCGUAGCAGACCCGUCCUCACUUCUCGAUACUGGAAACAUCGUUACUUCAGUGCACCAUGGCGGUUCAAACUGCUAUCAUGAAGCACUUGCUGCCGGUGUGACACAAGUUAUCCUUCCCUUGUGGGCCGACCUUUAUAACUAUGCUGCUCUAGCUGAGACAAGAGGCAUUGGGGUCUGGGGAUGUAAGGAUUCAACGCCCGACUGGACGAGCAAGUGCUUAUUGGAUUCUUUCAUGAAAGGAAUAGAUGGUUGUGGCGAGAGUUUCUUACAGCGACGGGCAAAAUGGCUGGGUGAUAGGAUUAAAGCAGGGAAGAAGGGGCGUGAUGUAGCAGCUGAUGAGAUUGCCAAACUGGCAUACAUGAAGUGA